AUGGGUGAACGCAAAGGCCAAAAUAAAUACUAUCCACCAGAUUUCGACUGGCGAAAGCAUUCAUCGUUAAAUGCUUAUCAAGGUGUUCAUGCUCUCCGUGAACGUGCACGGAAACUGGAUCGCGGUAUCCUUAUCAUUCGAUUCGAAAUGCCAUACAAUAUCUGGUGUAAUACAUGUGGAAAUCAUAUUGGUAUGGGUGUGCGUUAUAAUGCCGAAAAGACAAAGAUUGGAAACUAUUUUACGACGCCGAUAUUUCAAUUCCGAAUGAAAUGCCAUCUGUGUGAUGGACAUUUCGAGAUCAAAACUGAUCCAAAAGCUCGCGAUUAUGUGAUUGUUAGUGGAGCUCGCCGUGAAGAACAGCGAUGGGAUGCAGCGGAAAACGGUCAAAUCGUCAUGGAAUCCAAAGAAGAAAUGAAAAAAUUAGCUACUGAUGCGAUGUUCAAAUUGGAAUAUGAAGGAAGAGAUGUGUCAAAGAAGACAAGUACAGAAGCACCUGAUAUAAAUCAACUUGAAAUGCAUCAAUCGGCAUGGAAAGAUGAUUAUAUUAUUAAUUAUGUUCUAAGAAAAGAGUUACGAGCAACUAAACGUGAAGAACGUUUACAAAAAGAAGAAGAUGAUCGUGUACGGAUGAAAGCAUCGAUUGACAUUCCUCUUCUGCCUUCCAGUCGACAAGAUGAACGAUUAGCAAAACUCUAUCGAUCUGAGCCUGUUCGAAAUGUCGAACAAACAGAUCGUGACCGACGGGCAAACAUUGAUCAACAACAAGUUCUAAGAGGAACAUCAUCAGCUUCAUCAGAAAUUAAUUGGGCACCGUCGACAUUUACUAGCAACAAAAAGCAGCUCUCGUCUGCAUUCGGUAUUGUCAGAAAUGUUGAUAAAACUUCAUCGGUGCCUGAAACAACUCCGAAGACGACAGCGGCAACAACGAAAUCUCUUGUUUCUUAUGCUGACGAUGAUGAUGAUCAUGAUGACGAAGAUUCGUCUUAA